AUGGGGAAGAAAAAGAAUGCGUCUAUGACACACGAGGAGAUCUGGGAUGACUCUGCCCUAGUUCAGUCUUGGGACGAUGCCGUCGAAGAAUACCAGCUCUAUCACAGCAUUCACGCCAGGGGUGAGAAUGUGGAAGAAGUUUUGAAGGCUGCGGAGUCUGGCUCUGUGGCUGGAGUUGAGGUGGUCGAAGAUGUAAAUCUUCAUGCAGAAAAUGGCACCGAGGAUCCUGAGAAUGAGGAUGUCGCCAUGACCAUUGAUGAAGCUGCAUCUGAGCAUGAGCCUGCGUCUGAGCCUGCGCCUACUACCCAGACCGUGACUUCGUCCGCCGCUGAGGCUCCCGCUGCUGCCCUUCCAAUGCCUCACCCUGUGAUGGCCAAUGGUAUGUCCCCAUUUGCGAUUCGUGUGGAACAAAGCCUAACUUGUAUAGUCAAAGACGAGGCUUUGAAAAACCUCAUGAUGUCCUGGUACUAUGCGGGGUACUACACCGGACUGCAUGAAGGUCAACAGCAAGCCAGCCAGGGCAAGAGCUCAUAA